CACUCUCACUUACUCGCUUACUUCACACUUGUACUCGCUUACUCACACCUGCAUUCAUAAACUGUUUGACACUUACCCCGUUCGUCAAAUAUCCCUGCUAACUCAGGAUCAUCACUCCAUCCUCGGCGACGUAUCACCCUGACAAGUGAAUCAAUCAGAGGAGUAGAGUGAAAAUAUCCCGUCCUCCUGCCGUAGAUAAUAUCACGUUUCGAUAAAUCUAAUAAAGCACCACGAAUUUUUCGAAGCACUACACCUGAAGGUAAAUGAUACAUCAUUUCCUUCUGUUUAGCAUCCGUCCAUCUUGAAGCUAAACGCGGAACACGACGCACCAAAAACUUGAAUAAUUCACCCAAUAAAUAUCGCGGAAUAACUCGAGACAUUUUAACCGAACGAACUCUUUGAAUGUCAGAAAUCAAAUGAAAGAUUUUCAAAAGAGUUCUUCGAUAUUUGAAUAGAUUGAAAAAUUCCACUCGUUGCAUCUCGAAAUGAUACCAACGAGGUAUAGGAAAAAGAGGGGGUAGAAUAAAAAAUAAUUCACAGGGAUUCAUAUUCACCGAAGAACGUUACAUGGAUAUGAGGAUAAAAUGCUGAUCGAGUUCCGUUCACACGGAUCGAAGUUAAAUCGAAAUACAAAAAGUAGAAUUAUUUUCCUUCACACUCCCACAUUCUAUCGAGUCUAAUGCUGAGUAGAACGGAUGUGAAGGAUCAAGUUCGGUUAUCAAGGUUGUCCGUUCUGAUCGGAGAUUCUGCAUAUUUCACCAAAAAACGUGGCGAACUGUUAACCAGAUAUUUUUACUUUCAUUUUUUUCUCUCUCGAGGAAAAUAACGUCGACGCUGCAUUUUUGCACGUGUGCUCGAAAACUUCAGGAGACUUCUGUCUCCAGAUGCGAGCAUGUGAGUAGGUGUCAAUAUAUGCAUAUGUGAAUAUAUGUAUGUAUUGCCGCAAAAACGGAGGCGGCGUUUGACUUCGAAAAAUAAUGAAAAAUAUCAUUUUUUUAUCCAAUCACGUUGUGAUUGAGACGGUGAGAGGUGGGGGAAAAUAUAUAAAUCGGAAUUUUUUUCCGAUCUGCUAUCAUUAUUUCAAGUGUCUACAAACCUGAAGCAUCAAAGAAAUGGAGUAUACCGGAACAAUGACGGAGGUGCAACGAGUUUCAUCAUCGUCAUCUCAGCUCGUGAUGGGAGUUGUUUACGGGAUGAAUAAUUCGUUCGGGAAAAUAAUUGCAUCAGGUUUUGAGCUUUCUCCUAAAACCGGAAUUCUUACACCAAUCAUCAAAUUGUUGACAAAUUCUUUCAUCGGAGUAACUCUCAAUAUCGAGGGAUGGCAAAGUUUUAAAUCGGACUACGAUCGAAUUUCGCAUUAUUUUGGAGGGCCACGCUGGGACGCUGAAAGAAUGCUUGGAACAAAAAUCGUUCAUGGAUCGCAUUGCACCGUUUUUACCUCCUGCUUUCAACAAUCAGCAGUCUGCUUCAGCAACACUAGUAUACCAGCAAUUGGAGAGGUUCCCACCGGAGUUCGACAGUGCAAUAUUAUCCUACAGGGAUCGACCUUCAAGAAGUUGAAAGAAGUCAGCAAGUGCAUCGACGCUCAUGUGCAAAAACUUGAGCGUGAGAGUGCAGCAGUAAAUAUGUGUGUGACCAUCAUAAUCUCCACCACCCAUGAUCUCCACAUUGCAAGCGGCGGGCAGCAGGAUGUAAUGCGAAUCCUUGAGACAGAAGACUACUUGGGAAAAAUAAUGGAAGAAACUCGGCAAAAAAUGGGUGAACAAUACCCUGAUUUCGUUCGAAAUUCGAUGGAAGCAGUGAUUUCUGAAAUCACUACACUGUUCCGAUUUGAAAUUUGUCAACUCGUAACAGUCUACGAGGGAAAAUCACAUUAAUUUUUGGAAAAUAAUUUGUAGUAGUAAGGUUUAAUCAAUAAGUGCUUAAUAAUAAUUUCUAUUAUAACUAUAAACAUGAAAAUCUUCAAAACCAUUAUACGAACGAAUAAAUUCCUUCAAAUAAAAAACUCAAGUGAAAAAAGAAAAAAGACAGCGCUGCGGACUCGAGUUCAGAUAUCUUCGUGGGAAUAAGCCUAAGACAUCAAAUUGCGAAUUCAGCAGCUGUAUGGGGUGGGGGAGCAAGGUGUCCAACUCGUUCAUUUAGAUGAUCUUCACCUCAUUAGCAGUCCAGUAUUUGAAGUGUUCGAAUCGAGUUAAAAAAGUGAAACAAUGCGUAAGUGAAAAGUUGAAAAAAAAAUUUCGGGAAUUUGUGCAGUGUUUGUGCGUGAGUGUGCGAAAUAAGUGGCAUAAUUUUAAACAGAGUUUUUUUCCAGAGCUCCGUUACGAAGAUUACGUUUCUCCAUCUGACCCAUGGAUAAAACCAGAUAUUUGGGUGGAGGUAACAGAUGGGGAAAGACGGGUGUACCUGAUCUACGACGACAUCACUCCGGAACUUCAGGCUGCUCCGAAGAUAAACGUAUGGAGUUAUCGGAGAGCAGCCAAUGAUGUUGAAGCUCAUCAAAACGCAGUCCGUUCACGGGCAUUAUGGAAACGAAGAAAUACGAAAAAAGAAAUCUUCAGCGGGAAAAGGAAGUCUGAGUCUCCUUCAUGGGCCGAUGUCGUUUUCAAAAAACGCAGAGUUAUUCAAGAGAUAGAAAAACAGAAGAAAGAAGAAGAAGAAAUAAAUAAAUGGAAGCUGAUUCCGAUAGAUUUCGACUCGCCCCGACCCCCGAAUGUACAAAAGCUGAGCGUCAGUUUGAAGAGAGUGGUACUUUCCGAGAACGAGGAGGAAGAAAUAAAAGAUCCGAGAAAGAAGAAAAAGCGAAACUGAAUGCCAUUACAUUAAUAUUGUCAAAUUUUUCAAAAUGAACUAAAAAAAUAAAAAAAA